AUGGAUGCUAAACUGCCGGCUAAAUCUAAAAACAGUGUUGAAGACCAGUCUUCGCACCAACCAAAUGGUACCCCGGCACAAAACCGAAAUAAAGUGCCGUUCAUCAUUGGUGUUGCUGGUGGAACGGCAUCUGGAAAAACAACUGUCUGCAAUGUUAUCAUAUCACGACUCCGUGAUCAAAGGGUUGUCCUUAUCAAUCAAGAUUCAUUUUAUCAUUCCUUGAGUGAUGAGCAAUCUGCAAAUGCCCAUGAUUACAAUUUUGAUCACCCUGAUUCCUUUAACACGGAGCUUCUCCUUUCAUGCAUGGAAACAUUAAAAAAGGGACAGCCUGUUAACAUCCCAGCAUAUGAUUAUAAGAUCCAUAAGAGCACUGGAUCAGGCCGCAUGGUAAGCCAAGUGGAUGUCAUCAUUCUGGAGGGAAUUCUGGUUCUUCAUGAUCAUAGAGUUCGAGAUCUGAUGAACAUGAAGAUCUUUGUUGAUUCAGAUUCUGAUGUGCGGUUGGGAAGAAGGAUAAAGCGUGAUACUGUAGAGAGAGGCAGAAAUAUUCAGUAUGUGCUUGACCAAUAUGAUAAACAUGUAAAACCUAGUUUUGAGGAAUUUAUUCUUCCAUCAAAGAAGUAUGCAGAUGUUAUCAUUCCUAGAGGAUCAGAUAAUGAUGUUGCCAUAGAUUUGAUAGUGCAACAUAUUCGUACAAAGCUCGGUCAACAUGAUCUUUGUAAAAUAUAUCAAAACCUUUUUGUUAUACCGUCUACUUUCCAGAUACGCGGAAUGCACACCCUUAUACGUGAUGUCAAAACAAGAAAGCAUGACUUUGUUUUCUAUGCUGACCGCCUUAUUCGCUUGGUGGUAGAGCAUGGUCUAGGUCAUCUUCCUUUUACCGAAAAGCAAAUCAUUACUCCAACAGGAUCCAUCUACACAGGAGUGGUGUUCUGCAAAAGGUUGUGUGGAGUCUCGGUCAUCAGAAGUGGGGAAAGCAUGGAGAAUGCACUAAGAGCUUGUUGCAAAGGAAUCAAAAUCGGUAAAGUCCUUAUUCAACGCGAAGGCAAUGGACGGCAGUUAAUCUAUGAGAAGCUACCAAAAGAUAUCGCAAGCCGCCAGGUCUUAUUGCUUGAUCCAGUACUUGCUUCAGGUGAUUCUGCUGUGGAGGCAAUUUCCCUGUUGCUUAGCAAGGGUGUUUCUGAAUCUAACAUCAUCUUCCUCAACCUUAUAGCGGCUCCAGAAGGAAUACAUGCGGUUUGCAGGCAGUAUCCAAGGUUGAAAAUUGUUACGUCGGAGAUCGAUUCAGGGCUAAACGAGCAUUCAAGAGUGAUUCCGGGCAUGGGUGAGUUCGGAGAUCGUUACUUCGGCACCGGUGGUAACGGUUCUAUGCCUUUCUUACCAAACAAUAAAGUACAAUCAUGA